CACCGCGCGUUCUCUCCACGCGAACGCGCGCGCGACUCCCAGGAUGUCGGGCAAGAUGCGCUGGGGCGACUCCGCGGACCUCGACGGGAGCGACGACGAUUUCGACGUCGCGCUCCCCGCGUCGCAGGUGUUCGGACCCGACGCGAACGGCGUGAAGACGAUCAUCGACUAUAGGAUCAAAGAGGACGGACUCAAGGUGCGAACGGUGAAGAAGGUGCGCGUGAACACCGUCACGAAGAAGGUGACGAAGGAGAUGCUCGCACGGAAAAAGUGGGCGAAAUUCGGCGACGCGCAGCGAUACAAACCCGGCGACGAGUCCAUGACCGCGGUGUCGAUCGAGGAGAUCUUCCUCGAACGUCACCGCACGACGCCGAAGAGCGAGUCCGAGAAGUCCGGCGACGCCCUCGCCGCGAUGGCGGGUUCGAACACGAGCCUCCUCGUGUGCCGCAUCUGCGGCAAGAAGGGCGACCACUGGACGACGAAGUGCCCGUACAAGGAUCUCGCGUCCAUGAACACGCUCGGCCUGGGCGACGCGAAACCCCCGGGCGAGGACGACGGACCAGGGGGCGCGUCGAGCGGGAAGGGCGGGUACGUCCCGCCGUCCAUGCGCGCCGGCGCGAGCGGCGGGCAGAGCAUGGGCGACAGCAUGAACCGACGAAGAGACGAAAACUCGGUGCGCGUUUCAAACCUCUCCGAGGACACGCGGGAGCAGGACUUGCAGGAGCUGUUCCGACCGUUCGGUCCGGUGACGCGGAUAUACGUCGCGUUCAACCGCGAGACGGGGGAGAGCCGCGGGUUCGCGUUCGUGAACUUCGUGAACAAGGACGACGCGAACAGAGCCAUCUCCAAGCUGGACGGGUACGGGUACGACAACCUCAUCUUGCGCGUGGAGUGGGCGGCGCCGAGGGAGGAGCGAAAGUGACGGCUCGGGACAGAGGACGGAGGACGCCUUCGCGUCUUCGCCGCGCGCGGCGGUCGAGGCGGAAGAGGGAGAGGGUUUUUCUUUCAUCUCGGGUGGAGACGCCGGCGAGGACGCGCGCGAGGACGCGCGCGCGUUAGAGAGUAGCGUUGUGAACGACGCUCGGAGCGACUACUACGC